GCCUGGCUGGCGACGCCUGGAUGCGGUUUCUUCCGGGAUUUGUAGUUUUUCUCGAGUUACCCGGGCCGUCUGUCAAAGGGACAAAAACUACAAGUCUCGGCUACCCCAGCGCUGCGAGCCUGGUCACGUGGCGGGGGCCGACCGGGCGUGCGUGCCGCCGUUGAUCCGGUGCUGCAGUGAGGAGGUGGUUCUUGCCCGUGUUGUGUGUGUGUGUGAGUGAGAGAGCGAGUGAGUGAGUGAGUGAGUGUGUGUGUGGGGGGGACUCGGCUUGUUGUUGUCGGUGACUUCCCCCUCCCCUUCACCCCUUCCCCUCCCCGCCGCCGCUGCAGUGGCCGCUCCCUGGGCUGUAGGAAAUGAGCGAUAACGAUGACAUCGAGGUGGAGAGCGACGAAGAGCAACCGAGGUUUCAAUCUGCGGCUGACAAACGGGCUCAUCAUAAUGCACUGGAACGAAAACGUAGGGACCACAUCAAAGACAGCUUUCACAGUUUGCGGGACUCAGUCCCAUCACUCCAAGGAGAGAAGCUCUAUUUCCUCUUUUGGAAAUUGUGUACUCCUGUCCUUCAUCGUCAAAGUUUGAUGCAGAAAUGCCACACCUUCAUUUCAAGCUACCAAGGGCACAAGAAAAAAUAAUGAAAGAUUUAAAAAAGGAUUGUUUUGACCCCUUAAACAAAUGUCUUACUCCUCACUUUAAUUAAGCUGCUUGCAGGGCUGAUAGCUCUGCUUUCCCUGGUGAUCAACAAAAUGGUCCUGUGGCUGGGGAGGCCCUGGCAGCAGGAAGCCUUCAAGGAACCGUGGGUCUGUGCUGACUCUGACCUUACAACCUUCCAGGCUCCCUUGCUGGCAUUGAUGGGGUUCCAUUUUUGAAUGAACUAGUUUAAUGUGGAUCCAGAUUUAUUGUGCAUAUUCUUUCGUUUUGGUUUUCAAAAGAUGGCUUAUUCACGUGGAAAUGUAUACCAGUUUAGCCCGGGGCCCUCCCUUUACCUUCAUAUGUAUAAAAGCUUACACAGUUUUCAGAAAAUAAAUUGUUUCAUUUUCUCUAAAAUAACUAGUAAAAAAUAAAACAGAUGUCAGUUGUUGAGUCCAGCAGUACCUCUUUUUUCAUCCCUCCAGAUAUGGCAUUUUGGUUCUUAGGGAAACAGGACAGCUGUAACAUCAGCCCACUGGCAUCUGUUUUUGGCACUGACGAGGAAAAGUGUUCAGUAGAGUUAAGAUUAUUGUUUCUCACGUCAGCACUGGGACCCUAAGGAAGGGCAGUGGUGUUCCUAAUGUUAACAAUCUAGCAGUACUGUUCUUUUCCUCACCUCUCCCCACCCACUUUCUAAAACAACUUGAAUUUUUACAGAAAUCCAAGUUACUGUGAUAAGAUUUAUAACUCCAGAAAUGUUUGGAACUCUUGCCUUACAUUGAACAUUUUUGGGAACCAUUGCCUUAAAUGAGAUUUAAUAACCUUAGACUUCAUCUGAAGCAUCAGUGCUAACAACUUCAGGAGUCAUUUGGGGCCUUAAAUGGUUCUAUUUAGAAUCCACGUCUUUUGGGUUUGGGGCCUUUUGUGACAUACAUAGUCGAUUCUUGGUGUGAUGUGUGGAGUGGGUGGAUGCUGUUCAAAAGCAGAGGUCUGACAGUGGGCGCUUCUGCUUGAUAGGGUUGCCCUUCCCUCUGUCUGCUUACUGCCUUGGGAGGGAAUGCAAAUGGACACGCAGCUGCAGCAGAAACAGUAGGAGGGACAGGAACCUGCCAGACCCUCUGCCACACCCUGGGUCUUCUACAUUCUUCAUUUUGCUUUUAUCCUUCUGGGCUGCCAAAAGGUAAUGAAGCCAGCAGUACUGUGGGAAGCUGACAUUCCCCACCUAACCUUCCACUUCCACCCUCCAGACCAGAUGGUUAGGUCAGUUCUCCCAAGCUAGCUUGCAUCUUGAGGCUUUUCUUCUCAAUGUGUUUCUGCUAGAAGCCUGUUUAAUUCUCACCUGUCUUUAAAAUAAAAAAAAGAAAGAAAAAUAACCUUCCUUCAAUGCUGCUAUCCUGCUAUUACAAACUACCGUUUUUCACUUUUUUUUUUUUUUUUUGAUGGAGGGUCUCACUCUGUUGUUCAGGCUGGAGUGUGUUGGCACAAGCAUGUCUCACUGCAGAUUCAGCCCCAUGGGCUCAAGAGAUCCUCCCACCUCCGCCUCUCAAGUAGCUGGGACCACAUUCGUGUACCACCAUGCCUAGAUUUUUUUUAUAGAGCCCAUGUGUCUUGCUGUGUUUUCUAGGCUGGUCCCCAACACCUGAGCCCAAGUGAUCCUCCCACCUCAGCCUCCCAGGGUGUUGGGAUUACAGGCAUGAGCCACCGCACCUGGCCUACUUCUUACCUUUCAACCAAAUUUUGAAGACUAGUCUUCAUCAUUGCCUUACUUGCAGCUCAAUCCCUACACCUGUUACCCGUGCAGAGACAAUUUACUGUUGGGCUUUGGCUGUCACCCCUCCAAGAAAACCACCUUCACUAGGGUCUUCCAUUGACGUCCUUGUAGGCAAAUCAGGUGACUCUUUCGUAGUCCUUUUCUUCCAACUUUCCCCUCCAUGACAACACUGUCCCUGCAAUUCUAUUGAUCUUUUUAAAUUAGUUCCAUAGCUUCCCCUGUGUUCCCAAAAUAUCAGUGUUCUGGAGGCUUGGAUUCAAAUCCUGACUCAACUUCCUACUAGUUUACAUAACAUUGGGUAAAUUACAGCUCUGUGUCUCAGUUUCCUCGUUUAUAAAAUAGAGAAAACAUCAGAACGUUGUGUGAGGAUGCCUGGCACUUAGUAAGUACUCAGUAAGUGUUAGCUGCUGCCAUUGUUACCACCCCCAUCAUCAUCAUUGUCAUUUGUGUUGCUGUGUGCAGCCAUGGCUUUGGAGCAAGAUCUGGCAAGGCUGCCCAGCAUCCUUUUGUGUGGCUCCCAGAGGUGAGAGAGAGGCCUGCAGAGCCCUUUGCGUUUACUCACAUGGCUGCAUGGGAGGCCUGGCUACCUCUUCAGUCCCUUCAGCCACCAUCCACCCUGUCUCAGGGCUCCAUCCAAACCAUUUAAAGAGCCAUUUGUGUUCACAAAGACAGAAUCAAAAUGAUAAUUCUGCUAAUUAUAAAAACUAGCAGGAAAAAUAAUUUCAGGUUUUUACUGAGUACCCAAGGCAGCACUUGUUCUGUGGACACGUUGACUUACCAAGUUCUGUCUGAUCAGUCACACUCACAUGAAGAUAGGCAGUUGACUCAGCUGACUUAGAGCAAUUUUCAGAAAACAGAAACUGAAAGCCCAGGGUUAUUCCAUAGUCCAUGCCAUAAAUCCCAGGGUUUCUUGCUGGCUUCGUGUUUACUAGUCACAUAUUACAAGCUCAUAAAGACAAGGAAUGGCCUUGCCCCCACCUUCAUGCUGUGAUUGGCAACAUGAUCACGUAUGUAGUGGAAAGAUGGGAGUGGAGGAUUGCAGGUGAGUCUAGCAUUUUUAGCUUCAGCCUUUUGCUUUUUCUUCCUUGGACUACAUGCACAUGCAAAUUUGGGGUAUUUCUAUAUUUUGUGCUUUAAAUUUUUUUCUUGUUGGAUCUUAAUUCUUGUUGGGUUCCCUGGGAAGAGUAAAAUAAAGUUAACUCUGAACCAUUCUUUUGGACUUGCUGAGGGAUCAGGGCACCCUAAGUGACCUAGGGCACUUCCGCUUUCAGCAGAGGAUGGAGGAAGGGCUGUGCUUAGCAUUCUGAAGGCCUCAUUCUGGGUUUGAACCAAUCCAGCCUUCUUUGGACUCCUCUUGUUCCCAAGACACUAUGUUCUGAACAUCCAUGAAUUUUAUCUUCAUCCAAAAACUAGCCCUGAAAUGGAAGCUGCCAUCCCUCACAGAUCUUUUUCUCUCUUCUGGCUUGUUUUGCUGUGCUUAUUGCUCACUUUUCACUUCUUGAUCCUAAUUCCCUGGUUUCAUGUAUAAAUAUUUGAAGGAGAAACUAGUAGCACAAAGGCUGUUACUCAGUCUGGUCAUUCAUUAAAAGUUAUCACUGAACAUUUGCAAGUGCUCUCUGGUUUCAGAGAUUGUGCAUUUUUUCCCUUGUCCCAGAUGCACAUGGGUAGUUAGGAGCUAAUGUUGCCUUCUGGGAACUGUUAGUUGAAAAAAUAGCUUUUACAUA